CGCGGAGGGCGCUUCCUUUUGUUUCAGCGAAUCUCUGCUCGGAUCAGCCUCACCGCUGAAGCGCUGAAAGCUAUCCAAUGGGCGCCAGCGAGGCUGUGGCUGAGCGCUCCAUGCAACGCGCCACAGACAAGGAUCUUGACCGGUCCUUCAGCCUCGUUCAUCUGCAAUCAUGCUGCCCUCCUCUUCUUGCGCACAAUUGCGUCUUGAUGUUCACCACAUAGUUCUCAGCUCGUACCAGAUGCCCAUGCAGCGUCUCUACGGUCACUAUCAUGAAUGGCAACACUUCCACAUCAUCUUUACCGAAUAGCCAAGUCAGUCGUGCAUCUACAGGUGCAUUGUCGCAGCAGUCGACACUGGUUGGACAGCAGACAAGCGCAGCGGGAGGCGAUGCCUUAGACACGGCCAUUCGCAAGUUCAGAGCUCGGUUAACAGGGACUGAUCUUACGGAAUUUCGGAGCACAACGUAUGAGGAACUGCUGCACAGUAUUCUACGCAUCCAAUAUGAGCAGGAACAGACCAAGUCUAUGGUCAACCUCGGCCGAAUACAGUCUUUUCUGGAAGCUAUGAACCAAUUCUCGAAAACCAUAGAGAUUUUUUUGAAUGUCUCUGAUAUGGUAGCCUUUGUCUGGGGACCUAUAAAGUUUCUUCUUCUAACAGCCAGCACAGUUGCAGACUCAUUCGAAACAUUGUUGGAAGCCUACUACGAGAUAGGAGAACAGUUGCCCCUACUGCAAGAGUAUGAGCAGUUAUUUAAGGAAAACCCGCACAUGAUCCAGGCUUUGGAGCUGAUGUAUCUCGACAUUCUCGAAUUCCAUCAGCAAGCCAUGCGUUUCUUCUCUGGUGGUCGAUGGAGAAAGUUCUUUCGCGCCAUGUGGAAAGAUUUUGAGACCAAAUUUGGCGGCAUUAAAAAAAGUCUUGCUCGUCAUAAAGACCUUGUGGAACGUCGUGCGACAAUUUCACAAUACCGCCUCUACCAGCUGGACAUAGUAGAGAUGAGGAAUAGGCUUGACGAGUUGGUCCUGGAAGAACGGGGUAAGAAGUUAGCAGCAGUGAGGGAGUGGUUCGCAGUUGGGUCCAUACAGGAAGAAGAUCAUACCAGUUUCAACGAGAUCAGAGCAACAUACAAAGACACUGCCAAAUGGAUCGUGAAGAAUGAAAAAAUCAAGGACUGGAUGCACGCAGAUAAUCCAACAACGCCAAUAGUCUGGCUCACCGGAAUGCCUGGAGCUGGAAAAACAAUACUGGCCUCCAGUCUUAUCUCUGAAUGCCAAUCGAAAGCUACCUGCAUCACUAGUUACUUCUACUGCCACUACGAAGGUCAAGGAUGCAACACUGCUGUAGAUGUUUUGAAGGGACUGAUGCAUCAAUUGCUGGACCAGUACCCUGACAUGUUACCACCCUGCCACACGAAGCGGACUGGAAGUGGCGAACCAGUGCUUCGAUCCAUAGAGCGAGCCAAAAAGCUGUUUGAGGACUUUUGCUCGAUUCCGGAGAAGAUGUUUAUCAUUAUCGAUGGCCUCGACGAAUGUGAGCAAUUGGAACGCAAGCAACUUCUAGAUUUUCUUGUCGGAAUGGUCACUCAAUGUGACACCAGUGAGCCAGGAAAGCUCCGUGUAAUGGUGGUCAGCCAAGAAUACGGCGACAUAAAACGAGCUCUUCACAACCCGUCUUCCAGCAAGAUUGUACCCAGCAUUGUUUCCAUGUCUGAAACGGAUAAUCGACACGAUAUACACAACUACGUUCGCAUUUGGGUGGACCGCAUUGCGGUCAAACACGAACCGUUUGACGAUGAAGCGAAAGAAUAUCUCCACAAUCUGACCGUGGCACGAGCUAAGGGUAUGUUCUUAUAUGCUAAGCUAGUCAUGGACAAUCUCUUCCAACAGCCAACGAGAGGAGAUCUACUAGACGCUGUAAGCGAAAACAACUUCCCAGAUGGCUUGAAAGAAGCUUAUGAAAGAAUCGUAAAGCGCAUCAAAAGAACCCACGCCGUGGAAUGGCCGAAAGUGAAGAAGCUUUUAGGUUGGAUGGUCUGCGCUCAACGACAGCUGGCAUGGCGGGAGAUCCAAGUAGCCCUCUCCAUCGACAUCGAAAGUCGCAGUAUCGAGUAUGAAGAUCGACGCUUUCGCGAAGAUAUUCACGAGGUUUGUGGCUCUCUGGUCACUGUAUCCGGGAAUCGUGUCUCGUUGGUUCAUAGCACAGCACGAUAUUACCUGACAAAAGCCACAGAAGAUAUCCAUCAGCCAUCCGUGGAAUGUGAGCUUGCCACUCUAUGCCUUCAAUAUCUUACGUUUCCGUGCUUUCAGACCAAAAUUUCGAUUGAGAAGCCGGAGCUUCGCAAGAUGAUGCUUGAGGGACAGUUUGCAUUUCAAGACUACGCAGUCGCAAAAUGGUUUCAGCACGUGAACGCAUUCGUGAAAUUUGGCAAAGAUCUUCUCCAGGAUUGGACGAAAGCCGAAGAGCUCGUCAGAGAAAUGUCGCACGCGAUCGACAACUUCAUGGAUCAUUACCACGAGGAAAAUUUCAAUGAGCCUCAAAACAUCGUGGAAGAAUGUCGAGAAACCUGCAAGAGCUUUGAAGAGCAGGACUUCUACGAGGAUCUAGUAGUGUUGACAAGUCACAUCUACACCUUUCAGAAAAAAGGUUUCGAAGCGCGGCACAAGGUCAGCAUCAAGAGCCUCGAAUAUGCGCUUAAUCGCAAUAGGAAAUUUGUAGAGGAUACGGCCUCUAAACUCAAAGGCACUGAACUGGCAACAUUCAAGCAAUUCUACGACAACGAAAGACCGUACAAGUGCACGAAGAUAACUUGCAUGUACUUUUCGGAAGGAUUCAGGGAAGCCAGGGCCAAAAAGCGCCAUGUCAACAUACACGAUCGUCCGUUUCAAUGCGAAGUUCCGGACUGUCUCGGCGCUGAGGGUUUUGCCAACUCCAAGGACCUAGAGAAGUACACCUUUACGCGUGUUCUCGUUCAAGAGGUCCGCGCGAGCGUUGUCUAG